AAAAAAACAUAGUAACCGAAUGAUAGAUAAAAAUACACAAUCUCUCACACCCUUCCAGUCUUGAAAGAUCAACAAUCAUUCAAUCAACCGAUUCACUGACACGUGUGUUGCAUUUGAAAGAUCAAACUGAUUCACGAGCUCGGAUCCUUUCCAGUAAACUUUUCACUGGAUGAGGUCCAGUGUCCAUCUAUACCAUUCAUUUAUUUAUUUAUUUAAGUUUAAAGCUACAGUAAAAGAAAAUGGAUGGUUGGGAUUUCGCUGCCACAUAAUGUGAUUGGAGAGGAUCCUCUCUCACUGAUUCACUAUUAGGUUUUUACAAGUAUGAUAGCUCUACAUAAUUUAUAAACCUUAGCGGCCUCGAGCUUUAAUUUUCAUAUUGCUCCUGUCUUCAUACUUUAAUUCACCAGAUGAUUGUUAAUUAAAAAACUUAACCAUAAUAUUGGGUGAGGGCUAAAUGAAUAGAAGGAUUGAAGUGUAAAUAAAAUAUAAAUCCACCAUUAAUUUUAUUUGGCGAUUGGAUUAAACUCAAGAUCAAAAUCUAGAGCUAAGUAUGUUAGAUUCUACAAAGAAAACUAUUCUGCAGCCUGUAGGUGCACGGUCUUAUCACGCAGAGUCGGAUUCAACUUCGGCAUGUAUUUUUGUACUCAGCAUCCUGCCUCUAUAUAUGAAUUUAUAAGAGAUUUUGGAUCCAACUAUGGUGCGGUCGCUGCCAACAAUGGAUGGAGAUUUGAAAUGGGAGGGAUGUUUGAUUUGAUACUUGAAAGAUGAAGUAGACAUACUCUAAAAAGUGACUGCAAUCAAUUUAAUCCGAUGCUGCAAGGUGUUGGCUAACAUAUUGAUUGAUCAUUGGAUUGCCUAAAAGCUCUCACUCAUGUUAAAGAUUUAUUCGAAUGAGGUAGGUAUAUGGGCCUGUUUGUUUUGGUUUUUUUUCAAAAUGAUUUUUGUCGUAUUGUUCAAGUUCUUAAAAAACUAAAUAAGGGUGUUGACAGUAUCGGAAUAUCUAUGUUAAUUUCUUUCCUUGUAUUAGCCAUCAAAAGUAAGCAUUUUUUUUUAUAUCUUAGCAAAUUAAGAAAAGUGAAGUUUAAAAUAAAAGGGCAAAGUCACAAACCCUACGCAGCUACGCCUUCAGUUGUUCAGCCGUUUCUCUUAAACUCGGGUUCACUUCUUUGUAUUAUACUCUCUUUUAUCAUGGAGUCUGACGAGCCCCAGUCGGCGGAACUGAGUAAGUACACUGGUCCAGUAGCUGGUGUCAAGCUGUUAAUUGUGGAUGCUGACUUAGCACGCCGAGCAUUUAUAUCAAAAUUUCUUCUUUCACUUGGAUAUGAGAUUUUGACUGCUACACUAGCUUCUGACGCAUUAUCCAUUAUUGGGGAGAAGUGGAAUGAGAUUAACAUUGUGCUUGUGGAUGUUCAGUUGCCAGAUAUGGAAAUAUAUGAUCUCAUACAAAAAAUGAAAGAAAACACUAAUAUCCCAUUCCCAUCUUUCAUUAGGAAUGCUUAUGAUAAGAGCCUCAUAUCAAAAGCUUUAGGUACUGGAGCUAUGUUAUGUUUAAGAACUGCGGGUGAUCUACAGCAGCUUAUGGAUGUGGAAGGACUUCCAAAAGAGACUGUUUCAAACUAUUUACAGAAAUAUCGUCAAUCUAUGAAUCUACGUGCAAGUCCAGUGGCACAGCAUUUGAAUGGGUAUGUGUCUAUUACUAAGAAAAGUCGAGGAAAACACCCUCUAUCCUUAAAGAAAAAAGGUGCGACCAACAAUCCAGCUUUCAAUCGGAAGGAUCUCAAUAAACCUUUACGUGCACCUGUUCUUGGUACUUCAGCACGAUUUCUUACCCUGGAAAGCUCAAGUUCGCAGGAGUCACCUUUCAGCCAAAAUCAACUGUCACCGCCAUGGAAACAGGAAGUUGUCGAGCACUCCACAUCCGGCCUUGGUAGGUUUUUAAAUUGUGUUAAUGGUGACGCAUCUGAAAAAAUCAGGCAGGUUAUAAAUACUGCUGAUGGAAAAGUUUCUAAUGCCGGACAACAAUUGAAUUUUUCAACACUGAUGGCCUUUAACAUGUCCAAUCAAUUUUGGCCAGCACUUCCUAUUGCUCUACUACCACCCGAGGAAAAUGAAAAGAUUGAUGAGAUUUUUUAUACAAAAGAAAGUCAGAUUUUUACUGAUGAGGAUUUGAAUAUGUGGUUGUCGACAAUUCCAGGUAUGAAUAUGCCAGUAAUAUAUUUAUGUGUGUGCACGGGCCGCAAGCACAAGUGCGUGUACAUUUUCUUCUUGUUCCUAUUAUUAUUAUUUACGGCUAUUCUCCUUUUUGUUGUUAUUUUUACUAUUAUAGUUAAAAAGUUCUAAUGAGGCCACUUUGAUUUGGCAGACAAUGUGAAUCGUGAUGCUAUUGCUUGAAGCUAUUAUGUUAAUCUGACAAUUGAGCUAUUUCAAGUGACAAAGCAACUGAAUGUGGCUUUGUUCGUUAAUUUGCUUCGCGUAAUGCAAAAAUUAUGGCAGUAUGUUGCAUCCUUCAUUGUGCUAAGUCAAAGAUUCUUGCAACAUAAGAUAUACUAGGUUUUAGCUUUAGACUCUAGAGCAUGUUAGUAUCUUGUUUGGUGCUAUUUCUAAAUUUUUGUCUCAUAAAAUUUGAUUGAUUUCCUUAUUUUGGGAUUUUUGAAAUGAUUUGAAAAAUGGAAUGUAGGCUGUAGCAAUAUAUUUUGUUCUAUUCAAAUUUAAGCUGAGUG